UCCCAGCAUGCUCCUCAACAACCUUUUGAUAUGCUUCCAGGCAGUAUGAAAGUAGAGCAACUGUCCGUGCUUGUCCUUGUGUUCAGCCUCUGCCUUGGAGAAGACAAGGUGGCGGACGAUAUUGGGGUACACCAGAUGGAGCGGAUUGCUGAGCUGCUGACCCCCCGUGAAUGCCAGGACCUCCACUCUAUGCUAACCACCCCUGAGGAGAAUAUCCUCCAGGAAAUAGACAGGCUUUCCCUGGAGAAGAAUGACCUGGGCGUCCCAGAUCGAGUCCGGAGAGACAUCAGGACAGAGGAGGAGUGUAAGACCAUCUUGACAGAAUGGCUGGUGACUCAUGGAGACCAGAUGUACUAUGACCGCUUAUCUAGAGCUCUGCAGCGGAUCGGCAGGACUGACAUAUCUUUAGAAAUGGGGAAAAACAUUAAUCAGGACAAGAGCCUGAGCUUAAAGAAGUAUGUGGAAGACUAUCAUAAGCAUGUGGAGGCUAUGCACUCAUCCCUGAUCGAGCCAGCGACUGACCACACCACAGACAGCCACCGUGCAGCCAGGGACUUAACCGAGUUGAGCUGGAGUGACCUGGAUCUCGUCAUCCAGAGGGAACAACUGCCACCUUACAGCAGGCGGUUCCUGGAGGGGGUGUGGCCCCUCAUCGCUGGGGUGUUUCUUGGCUUCAUUGGGGCCUUUCUCAUUGGGGGCGUGACCCUCCUCUUCAGCAUUCACAUCUCUAAGCGAGACUUUGAGGAGCUCCUCAAGCGGUCCACGCACCACAGGCGAUGCCAUCACCGCAGCAGUCCGUCUUGUUCAGUUGACAGACACGUGCCUCGAGACGAUCUCUCUCUCAAAAGCAGAAACCCAACCGGGAGGUUCAACAGCUUCUUCCCAGCUUUCAGGUUAUUCAAGAGGUUCAAACCUCUCACAAGAAAGAUAUCAGGCCAGGCAGGUUACAGUAAGCUUGGCAACCAGCGUCUCAAGCGUUAACAAAGAAAUCAGAACAUCAAACAACAAACUCAUGUGCUGAAUACCAUUUCAUAGGGCAUAUCAGUGAAAUAAA